AUGGAGUUCCUGGCCACUUUCGGAAUGGCUGCCAAGAACAUGUUCGACUACAAUCGAGAGAACUUCCAGUUCGACCAGGAGCAGCGCCAGAGUCGAGAGCUGCUACGCCAGAUCCUGCAGCUGAAGCGCUUCACUCUCUUCCGCGAGGACAUUCGUGACUUGGUAGAGCUGACGGUGGGCAAGAUGGAGAUGUACCACCUGGUGGCCGCGCUCUUCAUGGAGUCCUCGAUGGCCCUUUACUUCGAGGGUCGGAUACAUCACAUCGCUCCGCCGUUCAUCUGUGGACUCUUGUUCAUCUCCAUCGCCAGCGCGUACAUGUAUCUGCUCUUGGCCGUCUGGCUCAGCAUGCACGCCUCCAUUUGCUCUCACAGCCUCGGGGUGAGGCUGUUGACUCGCUUCGUCCGUCUGCCCGUUCCCGGCAUGGAGCAGAUGGGGGCGCUGAACGCGCGCCUCGCAGACUACGAGAAGCAAGGCGUGAAGAACAUGCUGCGGGUGCCCGUGGUUGGGGGCGGCCAGCAGUGGGGCAAGCCCGGGCAGCGCCUGGAUGCGAUCCAGGAGGCGCAGGAGUAG